GCAGGCAUUCAAAUGAAGUUCGACGCUGCGGCUCUGUGGUCGACAGUUCGACCACUUCCUCGUCUGUCAUUAUGUCCGUGCUGCAACUCUAGGCUGGGAAGGUUGCAUUCUGGGAGAUGCUACUCUAGGUCCGAGAGUCCAGAAGGGUGCUCGUGGACAAAUUGUUCACCUGAAUAUUGCAAGAUUCGGUCUGGCGGUGCUUGUGAGUUAAUUCCCGCACCUAAGAAAUGGAUUUGGUUGCGCUCCCUGUCUUUCAAUGAUUUCCACACAUGUAUCACAUACCUGAUCGUUGCGAGAGGGCGAAGGCGCUAGUGGCCGAUUUUUGGUCUUGGAGUACAGAGCACUCUGGAAUUGAAUCUCAGAGUUUAUCUUCGGCUUCCGCCUCCCGCUUGUAAGAGCAAAGAAUGCCUGGUUGUCGAGACAGAUGGGAGCUGCUUUGAUGUCGUGAAUGAUACAUGAGAAAUAGAGAGCAUGUUUCAUCUCACCGGGCCUGUCAUCUUAGACACCUGCUCAAGGCCAAUUCGCUGUAAUGCAGUGUCUUCAAUCUCUCAAGUAUAGCCUGAAACAAAUUUUUUUCAGACCGAACUACCGGCUGAAGAUAAACAAGGGAGUCUUGCACUCCAGGCUGGCCGCUCAUAGAUGAAAGGCUGUGUAAUCUUCCACUGAUGGUGCAGGUGUUGUUUUACGUCGGAACGCAUGGUUCAGAGGUAGCUCAAAAUUGCAGAGGCCAUUCUGAAGAACCGGGAUUGGACGUAUCAUUACUAUUGAUAUGAACUUCACCUUCCUCUGAAAGUGAGCAAUCAGCUUCUGUCCACCAGAUUGAACAUUCUCAGCAUGGCUACUGAUUUCCGGCGGGAUCUUGAGCCUGCUAGUGGCAAGCUAACUUACGAAGAGGCACGUCUGAAGAGGAUCGAAGAUAACAAGAAGCGAAUGGAGGAACUUGGUUUGAAAGAUCAAUUGAGUUUGUUUACCAAGAGCCCUUCCAAAACCAACACUCCUAGGAAAGCCAUUAAGAAGAAUCUGCAGGAAUGUGCGGUCGAAAUACGACGUUCACCUAGAGUGACCAGGAAGCCUUCUGUUAACUACUACGAGAAAAAUCGGGCAGAAGUGGAAGGAACGGGCUGCCCGAGAAAGAGAAUAGGACGAGUACUGAAACGAGGAUUUAUCUCACCUGCCGCCAGAAGCGAGGCAUCUGUGAGGGCUAGCGAGAUCAAAACUGGUCAUCCAUCAUUUGUGAAGGCCAUGCUAAGAUCGCACACUUCCGGGGGAUUUUGGCUGGGCUUGCCAAGUGAUUUCUGCAUCACGCACUUCAGAAAAGAUGAGUUGGUCAUCUUGGAAGACGAAGAUGGACUUGAAUGGGAAACAAUUUAUUUGCAUCAUAAGAAAGGCCUUAGUGGAGGAUGGAGGGGCUUUUCCAUUGACCACGAUCUCGAGGAUGGGGAUGCGGUGGUUUUUGAACUGGUCAAGCCUACUCGAUUCAAGGUACAUAUUACAAGAGCAGUCGGAAGCAAGAGUCUUGAGUGCACUCCGAAUGUUGCCUUACGAAGUAAAUCAUACAGAUAUGCUCUUAAGGAGAACAAGGAAAAUGAGCAUGUAAACUCAGCUUUGCAUAAGGUUCUUAAAAGGGAACAGCAGGAAACGGAAGACGCGGAAAACCGUGUCUCAAAAAGGCGUGCAAAGCUCGGGGCAAAAAGUCUCAAGCGUAAGUUGGAUUUGUCGGAGGACAGCGCAUGCAAAUACUCCGUUGGAGACGAGCCAUUGCAUAAGAAAGUUAUCAUAGAAGUUUCAGACUCAGACAACGAAUCUCCUGGGGACGCAGGACUAAAAGAGAGGCAAAAAAGUUCGGGCCGACGCAUCCUCCGUCAUCGACCUCCGGCUACGAAAAGCGUAGAGAAGCCGGUUGUCCCUCCCCUCAAUGUGAAGAUUUCAAAGGGCGAGACUCAGCGAAAUAACAAGAAUGGAGAGGAGAAGAACGUCCACGAACCGCAGAGGAGGAAGGUGACUGAAGCUAUACAAACUCCGGUUGUCGACAAGAAGAAGGGUGUUGUCUUGACGAAGAAGGUGACUGAAGCUAUACAAACUCCGGUUGUCGACAAGAAGAAGGGUGUUGUCUUGACGAAGAAGGUGACUGGAGCUACACAAACUCCGGUUGUCGACAAGAAGAAGGGUGUUGUUUUGACGAAGAAGGUGACUGAAGCUAUACAAACUCCGGUUGUCGACAAGAAGAAGGGUGUUGUUUUGACGAAGAAGGUUACUGAAGCUAUACGAACUCCGGUUGUUGACAAGAAGAAGGGUGUUGUUUUGACGAAGAAGGUGACUGAAGCUAUACAACCUCCGUUUGUCGACAAGAAGAAGGGUGUUGUUUUGACGAAGAAAGUGCGUUUUGCUGCGGUGCCCAAGACAUCCGCUUGCGCAACCACGAAAUCUUCUUUGAAGCUGCCUCCUGGAGCCAAAAUAAAGGCAUGGGGCGUUUGUAGCAUAGCGAGGAACUGUAAUAUGUCCAGAAAGCUUCCGGGUACAGGUACCCGGAAAUACAGCUUCUUCAGCCCUGGGAAAAGACCUGUGGCAAAAGCUCGCUAGCGACGUGUUGGUGGGACUUAAUUAAGUCCCACCAAGAUGUUGCCGAAAGCACGGUGACUGUCUACUGGUCUGGGUACCGACCAGUAGACAGUCUUGUGUAGAUGCUGAAUAGAGUCGAGUGAAAGAAUGCAGGAAGCCACUUUACACGUGAAGGCCGAAAACUUGCAAAACCUUUCACUCUUGAUCGUCUUAAGGAGAAAGAAACAGACGUAGUUAGUGGGGUCACAUUUUGUAGCAAAAUUGCCUCAGUACCAUGGGAGUAGUUUAGUUAUAGGAAGAGGAAACAUAUCAGCAUUCGCCCAUGUGAAACCCCUAAUAUUCCGUAGCUUAGACAGUAGAACAAUAGAAUCACAGUCGGACGAGCAUCAAUGUAAUGUAGGAAGUCAGUUACAACCUUGAAAGUAAUUUAAAGAUUGCACUUGUUUGCCGAAAAAACAUCCACAUAUGUGCAUGUUUUUUCCACAAGUGCAACAUUAACGA